AUGUCGUUUGUUCUAAUAUCGAAGAUGGCGAAGUUGAAGAUUAACCAUAUACGACACACGUUUAGUACCAUGCAAAGAAGCACAACCGUUAUGCCGGUGCUAAGUCAAUUCUUGAAUAAUAGGUUGAUCGGAGACGAAUUCAGUUCUGACGCCAUCGACCACACUAGGUUGAAGAGAGAAGACUACAAGCUGACUAUACACGACACCGUUUUCUCCCGGUGGCAGCCUCUCAUAGGACUCAAUGAUUGGAAAGAUUUCAAUAAUGGAAAAGAAGGUGUCCGUAAAUACAGACAUGAGGACUUACCCCCUAAACAUUGUGCGGGUCUGUAUGAGCUCGGUGUAGCUCUCAUCAGUGAUCAAAACCUAGACCAAAAGUUUGAUCCUGAUAAAGUUGCAGCUACAUAUCUAGGACAAAGUGUAGACGUUAGAUCAAGACUCCAGGAUUAUGGAAGAAGCGGUGGUCAUUUGCCCCUCGUUUUAUUUGAAGACGCAUUCUCGCAACAAGGCUCGAUUUUAUUUAGAUAUGCUCUGUGGGAAGCUGCUGCAACAGAAGAGAUGCUUUUGAGCAGAUAUAAUUAUCUAUGGAAUACAUGCAGUAACGGGGAACGACGCCAGCUUGAUUUACUUAUGAGCAAGAGAAAGUCACAAGUGUUGGUUCCUUCUCUUCCAGACCAAGUUGUUACCAGAAUCAAAGAAGAAACGAGUAAUAGUAAUAUCCUCGGUUCAAUACUCAAACAGAUGAAACCAUUUGGUUAACCGGAGCAAACUACUCUGUCUCUGUAUU